AUGUUGACAAAUAACAAUGACGCCUCUUCCAAGACUGUCAAAGUCAUGCGUCCAGGAUAUAUUAUCGACAAAUGGAAAGUAAAAGCAAUGCUGGGAAAAGGGGCGUGUGGAGUUGUGUACAAAGUGGAAGACAAGAAUCGAAAAGGUUACUGUGGAGCGAUGAAAAUAGAGUAUCACUCGGAGGAUUACGAUAGGACUCUGCCCAUUGAAAUCAAUGUUUUGAGCAAGUUAAGAGAUUCCAAAGAUGUUCUGAAAAUCCUUGAUUCUGGAAAAAGAAAGAAUUACACUUACAUGGUCACAACGUUAUGUGGGAAGGAUCUGAUGGCUCUUUGGUCGAAAAUCUCGGGUGGAUUCAAUGAUUAUACUGCAAUGCGUGUCGCCUUGUUCACUCUUUAUGGACUCAAACAACUUCAUGAAAUCGGAUUUGUGCAUCGAGAUGUGAAACCGGGGAAUAUUAUGACUGCAGCUGAUCGUGGACGAGAUUCUCGAUUCCUGAUGCUGAUUGAUUUCGGAAUGGCCAGGUCGUUCGUGCACACAGAACCCGAUGGAACCAGGAGGCUACGUCCGAUGAGAAGAAGGAUUCCAUUGAGAGGAACUAUCAGAUAUUGUUCAAUGAAUGUGCAUGAAAGACACGAACAAGGAAGAGGUGAUGAUCUCAUCGCUAUGAUCUACACUAUUGUUUUCUUAACUAUUGGAUUACCUUGGGCUAAAAUUAAAGAUGAAAAAGAGAUCAUGUCGAUGAAAAGAUCAACGAAAGAUGCGACUUUGUUUGAGGAUCUCCCUGAGGAGUUGAAGAUUGUCUUUGAGUAUUUAAAGACACUCGGAUACACGGAUCGACCAAACUACGAGAAAAUUUACAAUUUGUUAAUGACUGCCAUCAACAGAUUGAAAAUUAACUUCUUGGAUCCUUAUGAGUGGGAAGAUGAAGAAAUGGAAAGAAUGGCUAAAGCUGAAAAGGAGGAGAAAGAGAAAGAAUUGAAGGAGAAAGAGCAAAAAGAAGAUCCGAAGAAAGUUCCCGAACAACCAAAACCCCCAGGAGAAGUAGAUGAGAACAAGAAGUUGCCGGAAAACAAGUCUGAUGUUCAGCAAAAAACGUCGAAUUUAGACAAGUGUUGUAAAUUGAAUAGUUCAAAUGAUAGCAGCCACUCGGAACCAAAUGAAAAUUCGAAUAGAGGAAACACCCAGAAGAAUGCAGAAUCUGUUCCCGGUGCUGUCAAUGACAUGGAAACUGCUAUCGAAUGCGUUCCAACUGAGUACGCAACUAAGAAAGCUUUGCCGAGAGAAGAAUUGCAAUUCAUUGUUUAUCCAGCCAUUGCUCCCGGCAACUUCACUAACAUCGUCAUUCCUUUCUGA